GAAAAUUUGUCCUCUGUGGUUUUUAUCAAGGACAUUGAGUUAGCUAAAGUCCCAAAGAGCACUUCCCAAAAUGGUGUAGCUGAUGAGGAGAAUGCAAGAGUGGAAGGAACAGGUUCCGGCUUUAUCUGGGACGAUUUUGGUCAUAUCGUAACUAACUACCAUGUGGUUUCUAAAUUGGCAACGGAUAGAAGUGGCUUACAACUCUGUAAGGUAUCUUUAGUGGAUUCUAGAGGCAACAACAUCACUAGAGAAGGCAAAAUAGUUGGUUUUGAUCCGGAUUAUGACCUAGCAAUUCUUAAGGUCAAUGCCGAAAGAAAUGAGUUCAAGCCAGUGACAAUCGGCACAUCUCGUGACUUACGAGUGGGUCAAAGUUGUUUUGCUAUUGGGAAUCCAUAUGGAUAUGAAAACACUUUAACCGCAGGG